GUGCAAAAUACUCGAAAACUGUCAAUCUUUAACAGAUGUGUCAAUUAUGGAGCUCAGAAAAGAAAAAGUUUAAUGCUGAUCUACUUUCAUGAUAACAAAAUACUGGCGAUUAUAGAAUAUAAAUUCCCCCAGUUCUUUUGUAUCAUAUGCGAGUGAUGGUCAUUCGGUUCUUAAUUAAUUUCGCGCACAAACAUACUUAUUAUUUGAAUUAUUUGGAAUGGUGCCUCACAUCGAUAGUAAUUCCACUGUAUUGGGCUUUGACCUAAGCACACAAAAGCUCAAAGCAGUGCAGUUAUCUUUAAAAUUGGAGGUUAUUUCAACUGCUGAAGUAAAAUUUGAUUCUGAUUUGCCUGAAUUCCGUACGAGCGGAGGAGCUAAUUCUGGUUCAGGGAAUAAUGAAGUUUUCGUUCAGCCGGUAAUGUGGGUGAAAGCAAUCGACAUUGUUCUUGAUCGUUUGGUGAUGCAAGGUGCGGAUCUUAAUACUGUUAAAGCGAUAGGCGGCUCUGCUCAGCAACAUGGUUCUUUAUAUUGGUCCCGACAUGGCGUUCAAACUUUGAGGAAUUUGGAUUCGGAUAAAUUUCUUCACGUUCAAAUCAAUGAUUCGGCCUUCACAGUUAAUCGCACACCUAUUUGGAUGGAUGGUUCCACUGAAAAACAAUGCAUAGAAAUGGAAGCUGCAAUUGGUGGACGCGCAGAAAUGGUGAACCUCACUGGAUCAAAAUGUUAUGCUCGUUUUACUGGUCCACAAAUUCGAAAAAUUUAUCAAGAACGUUCUCACGCAUACGAAGAAACCCAGUUCAUUUCAGUGGUUAGCAGUUUCUUAGCCUCAGUUUUUCUGGGUGAUAUUGCACCUAUCGAUUAUGGUGAUGCUUCUGGCAUGAAUCUCUUUGAUAUUAAGGAAAAAAAGUGGUCUAAGCAGUGUUUGAAUUCUUGCGCACCUGAUUUAGAGGAACGCCUGGGUCAACCAGUUCCCACAAGCACUUUAAUCGGUAAAAUUUCCCCUUUCUUUGUUCAACGUUUCGGAUUUCCCGCUGAAUGUAAAAUUACUGCAUUUACUGGCGACAAUCUGUCGGCGUUGUCUGGAAUGGUAGCAGAGGAAGACAGUUUGGUAAUGUCAUUGGGAACAAGCGACACAUUAAUUAUGAAUUUAAAAGAACAACCUCAGCUUGAAGAAGGUCACGUCCUCUGCCAUCCCACCGAAGUAGACCAGUUUAUGGGAUUAUUGUGUUUUCGUAACGGCUCUCUCGUUCGUGAGUCAUUUAAUAAAACUGAGGCAAACGGUGACUGGAAAAAGUUCAAUGAAUUACUCGACUCAACGCCUCGUGGUAACUAUGGCAAUAUGGCUCUUCAUUUCCAUUCCAUCGAAAUAAUUCCUAAUCUCAAAGGAGUUUUGCGCUGGACACGAAACUCUUCCCCCGAUAAUUCAGAAUCAGCAAAGGGUGUAAAAAAAUUUCCUUCUCCUGAAACCGAAAUUCGUGCCUUAAUUGAAGGUCAGAUGCUGCAUAAACGAGCUAUAGCUUCAGACAUGGGUUUCCAUUUCGGUAGCAAUACAAAAAUUAUAGCCACUGGUGGAGCUUCUGUGAAUAAAUCGAUUCUACAAGUUAUUUCAGAUGUAUUUAACGCGCCGGUUUUCGUGCAGAAUGAGAGUGAGGCGGCUUUAUUUGGUGCGGCAUACAGAGCAAGAUAUUCUCUUUAUGUAAAUUCCGUGCAAGAAUCUAAUAGUGAAAUUUAUCAAGACGCAAAUACGAAGAACCUCGACUCAAGUUUGCAAUUAAAUUAUCACGACUACGUUACUCAAUUCAUUCCAAAUCAUUUACAACUAAUAUGUGAACCCAGUAAAGACUGUGACCAAAUUUAUUCACCCAUGCUAGAGCGUUAUCGCCAAAUGGCUUUCGUUUUGGAGCAAGCUUGAAGUUAGAAUCAUUGACAUGAUCAUUCCUAUUGGUUAAUCGAGAAAUGUACACUUUUAUUACUGUUCCUUAUAUCUUAUAGCAAUAUUUUAUACUAUCUUUUACAAGCAAAUUUUUGUAUUAAUUAUCAAUAAAUGUUGAUAAGGGAUAUCAUUCAAUUGUCAAUAAAUUUUAUCUAAAUAGACAAAAAA